UCAAGCCCAUCCUCACACAAUCAUCCCUUUGUGCAUUCUGCAUUACAAACACGCACAUUUAUUCAUAAUGUUUACGGCUUUCUCAUCGCUUCGUACAAAGCUGGCACCAGUCGCCAGGACACACUUUACAAUCUUCAGUUCAGCACCCUCAUCAGCAACGAAUCUUUCUACCAUUACUCCCAGCUCUACCACUAACUCCAUUUAUUCUUUAUUGAGCGGAUUCCGUCUUCCUUCAGUUUUUGGCUCAAGCCAAAUUCGGUUUGUAACCUACGGUCGUGAAUACCAGCCCUCACAACGCGUUCGCAAGCGUCGCCAUGGUUUUUUAGCUAGAAUGAAGUCAAGAGGAGGUCGUAAGAUCAUUUUGAACAGACUCCAGAAAGGUCGCAAGUACCUCAGCCAUUGAGAAGAUAUUGGAAAAAGCUCAUUCUUUGGAUCCAUUCCAAAUAAAACAACAUUCCAAAUUUUAUUCAAUGUAAUAAAAAAGUGAGAAAAAG